AUGGACAAGCGCUUCGCUUCUCAGUCCUUGUUUCCCUCUGCUAAGGAGGAAGCAGCACUCCCUUCCCAUGCAGCCAGAAGGCUUACGAUCUGCUUGUAUCUCUGGUGCAGGCAAGCUGAUGGUCGGAAGGUCCUGAGGUCAAGCAUACGGGAGUUCCUGUGCAGCGAGGCCAUGUUCCACCUUGGAAUUCCAACAACGAGGGCUGGAACCUGUGUGACAUCUGACUCGGAAGUUGUUCGUGACAUAUUUUAUGAUGGAAAUCCAAAAAAAGAAAGGUGUACAGUUGUUCUGAGGAUAGCGCCUACAUUUAUAAGAUUUGGUUCUUUUGAAAUUUUCAAACCUCCUGAUGAAUACACAGGACGCAAAGGUCCCAGCGUUAACCGGAACGAUAUUCGAAUACAGAUGCUGGAUUAUGUGAUCGGCACUUUCUACCCUGAAAUCCAGGAGGCUCAUGCAGACAACAGCGUUCAGAGGAAUGCCGCUUUCUUCAAGGAGAUAACAAAACGGACGGCAAGAUUGGUUGCUGAGUGGCAGUGUGUUGGCUUUUGCCAUGGUGUGCUGAAUACAGAUAACAUGAGCAUAGUUGGAUUAACUAUUGACUACGGCCCUUUUGGAUUUAUGGACAGAUAUGACCCUGAGCACAUCUGCAAUGGCUCCGAUAACACAGGGCGCUAUGCUUACAACAAACAGCCAGAGAUUUGCAAGUGGAAUCUAGGGAAGCUUGCUGAAGCCUUAGUCCCAGAGCUGCCCUUGGAAAUAAGUGAGCUCAUCCUGGAAGAAGAAUAUGAUGCAGAAUUUGAAAAACAUUAUUUGCAGAAGAUGAGGAAGAAACUAGGCCUAAUUCAGUUGGAAUUAGAAGAAGAUAGUAAGCUGGUGUCUGAACUGCUUGAAACCAUGCAUCUCACAGGUGGAGACUUCACAAAUAUUUUCUACUUGCUGAGUUCAUUCUCAGUAGAUACUGAUCCUUCAAGACUGGAAGAUUUCUUAGAAAAGCUUAUGAGUCAGUGUGCUUCAGUGGAAGAACUGAGAGUUGCUUUCAAACCUCAGAUGGAUCCAAGACAGCUGUCAAUGAUGCUGAUGUUGGCUCAGUCUAAUCCUCAGCUGUUUGCACUCAUUGGAACAAAAGCUAAUAUAAAUAAAGAAUUAGAACGCAUUGAACAAUUCUCUAAACUGCAGCAGUUAACAGCAGAUGAUUUACUCAGCAGAAAUAAAAGACACUGGACUGAAUGGCUGGAGAAAUACAGAGUCCGUUUACACAAAGAAGUAGAAAACAUCAGUAAUGUUGAUGCUUGGAAUACUGAACGUGUGAAGGUUAUGAAUUCCAACAAUCCAAAAUACAUCUUGAGAAAUUACAUUGCCCAGAAUGCCAUAGAAGCAGCUGAAAAUGGGGAUUUCUCAGAGGUGAGAAACGUAUUGAAACUUCUGGAAAAUCCAUUCCAAGAAACUGAAGAUUGCACAGAGAUAGAGGAGGAAACAACCUCUACAGCAGCUGCUUGUGCUCAAGCAACCAGAAGCAGGCUACCAUAUUGCAGUAAACCUCCACUCUGGGCUUCAGAGCUCUGUGUUACAUGAUCUUCGUAACUGCCUUGUUUUAUUUUUUGCUGUAAACUGAAGACUGUGAUCCUCCUUCAGCAGUGAAGAAUUGAGCAAGGCAGUCAUCAAAGUGCUAUUAAGUUAUUGAAACAACCCUACAUUUGGAUGCAUCUACAACAGUCUUCAGCUACGCUUAAUUUAGAGCAGUCUUGGAUCCUUGGAAAAAGCUGAUAACGCUGGGCAGUCUGUACAAAUUGUUUCUUUGUGUGUUUUGAGACUGAAAGCCUUUCCUUUAUUCAUACCACAUUGCAGUAUUUUCUUUUGAGACACACUGACUUUUGAACAUCCAAAUGGAGUUGUUAUGUGAAGACAAAAGUAUCAAGUCAGGAAUCUGAUCUGUUUUUGUCUGAUGUCUUAACUAAUAGUACUUCUAACAUCUAUUUGCUGCUUUUUGUACGCAGGGAUUUCUAGUCCUCUUUAAUGGAGGAAUAGAUUCAGUGAUGCUUGUUUUAAGCCAUGAUUCAGUUAAUUAGUUCAUUUAUUGUGAACCUUUAGAUUGAUAUUUAAUCUUUAUUUUCCGAGAGUCUGCAGGCAGGGGUUUGAGGGGGAAACGAACAAACACAUAGGUUUUGUUCUUUUUUGUGUUUUAUUAUAUAUAAUACAUAAAGAACGGAAUUAAGGGAGAUUGUAUAUUUGCACGUGAAAACCUUGGUGGUGAAGUCAUUUCAGAUUCACAAUGUUUAUAUACAGUAUACAUGUAUGCAAAUAUUUACAAAAGCCAUGAGUGCAGUUUGUAAGCCAGUUGUAAAUUGACUCAGGCAAAUUCAGUUGCCUAAACGAGCACAAACUGUACAGAUGACCCCAAACUCAAACACAGGUUCCUUCUGUUGAUUUAUGUACUCUUAUCACAGUUCUUGAGAGAAGCAUGCAGCUGGGGUGCCCGUUCACACUGGUCAGUGAGAUGCUCCCAUUCCCAGUGUGGUCUUGUGCAUCUUACUUUGCUUCUGUGGCUUUUGAGAAUUUUUACACUGUAAAGAGAGGAACAUACUAUUUAAGGAAUGUACUAUUUGAGCAUUGUGUAAAAAAUUCUAGAGGAGGAUGGGAGCUGACUUGCUUGAAAAUGUAUUGAUGGUAUUUCAGCGAGUUUCGUUUGAGAUAUUAGGGGAAAAUCUGUUUCUUCUAUUGCCAUGUCAGCAAAAAUGAAGGAAGGUCCCAAGUUAAAGGUUUCACUGAGCUUUCUGAACUUACUUCUAAAGGGCUCUGGUUCACAUAUCCUUGUGCAAGUCUGACGUAGUGCAAAGAUUUCUAUUUUCCAAGGAGGCCACUGUCUUCCACUGUGACUCUAAGGGCAGUCUAGGAAAUAGCUCUUUGCCCCUGUACAGGACAGGUAUUGGCUCAGGUUGAAGUGAGCUCUUUUAGGUCUUCCUCAAAUCAUGAGCUAUGGAGAAACAGGGAGAAAGCUGGGCUGCUGCUUGUCCAGUUCUGCUAAUAAUCAAUUUGUUCUUGCUGCCACAGCAAAUAGGUGAUGUUUUGAAUGCAGACAUGAAUUCUGCCCAGCCUUUGGCUUAGAGAAGCUGAUGCUAAGUAAUGUCUGGCAAAUGAGAAUCUGACAAACACGGCACCUCCUGUGACAUCUCAGAGUCCUUACUGAAAAGGAUAAAUGUGAAGAAGUGUUUGUCCAAUCUGGGGCAGAAUGGUGCAUCUGGAAGAGGAUGUACCUAUAAGAAGCCAGCAGUAAUAUGGGGGCUGGAGUGAAUGAUUCCUUCCAGCCCCUCCAAGUCUGUGAUUCUGUAAUACUUGCUGGUGCAGCUGGUCUCCUAGAAGCAAUCCAUUUCUGUAGGAGUUUGACUGCUGAAGUGUCUGUCAUCAGAUGUUACCCUUCAUUGAACUUGAGGACCUCUGAGACCAUCUCAUGGAAACUUACUGCAAGGCAGUGUUGGGUAAGGACUGUGCCAGGGGAGGGACGGCAAGGGAAAUGUGCUGGCAGUUGAAAGACAUUUCAAGCAUAGUCAUGGCAAAUGUGCAGAACCAGUGAUCUCUUAUGCCAGGAGGAAUUAAUAGGAAAGGGAAAAAAAAAAG